AUGACCAAAAAGAACCCUGAAAAUAUAAGAGCGACGGUGGGAGCGGUGCUUGGGACCGCCCCGGCGCCCAUUGGCUCGGCGGCUCCAUAUGGGGCUCGGCGAGGCCCCAUAAAGGCGUCCGUCCUCUCGCCCCUCCACCCAUCCAUCCAUCCCACCGCAUCCCCGCCAUGCCCUCGCCGCCGCCCGCCCUGCCCUGGCUCCUGGCCGCCUGCUGCCUCUGCGCCCUGCCGCGGGGCUCAGGGUUCCCGCAGCCUUUCUCGCGCUCCCGGGACGGCGUGGAGCUGCCCCCAAACCAGCAACUGGCACUGUGUUUCAGUCAGUGGAUGGAAAUGUCCGAUCAACCCCAGAUCUCAAGCACUGUUUUGGAUCUCUGUUAUUCCAUAUUCAACAACAUGCAUAAAAAUGAGGACAGUCAUGGAACUCUGGGGCGGCCUUUCUUCCUUUUCAGGCCUCGAAAUGGAAGAACUGUUGAAGGCAGUGACUAUCGUGGCAUGUGACGUUCAUGGAUUCAUUCACCAGUUCAAUGACUUGGUUUACAUAAAGGAAAGAUACUUCCCAUUGCACUGGUUGUCUAUUAUGUGACUCAGUUGUCUGGAAUUUGCUGUUCCAUGUAAUAAAUUUGCAAUCAGUAA